GAGGACCCAUGGCCUCAGACAGUGGACAUGGACUGCGAACUUGGACUGGGCUGGGCCUCUGCUUUGUCGUUUGAAAGGCUUGGGUCGUGCUUCCCUUUCCUCUUGGGAGACAUUAAAUGGGAGCCUAGGGGGCCAAAGCAUCAAGUGGCGCCGUUUCCUCCCUUCAGAGUCAACCUUGCUGGGCUUCUCCGGUCAGAUCAGCCCUGGCCCGGGGUCAGCCCGGCGGGGAACGGGUCCCCCCUCCGCCGGCGACCUCAGAGCUCCUGGGCACAGCCCCGCGCACCUGUCCCGCCCACGCCCGCCCCGCGCACCUGCCAGGUCCGCACCUGCCAUUUGCCCAACUGGCCGCGCACCCAGCUGGCCCGCCCCUGCCCGACACGACCGCUGCCCGCCCCUUGCCUUCCUGACCCAGGGGCUCCGCUGGCUGCGGUCGCCUGGGAGCUGCCUCCAGGGCCAGGAGGGGAGCGGCACCUGGAAGAUGCGCCCAUUGGCUGGUGCCCCAGUCCCCAAAAGGCAAAAAUGUGAUCACUGGACUCCCUGCCCAUCUGACACCUAUGCCUACAGGUUACUCAGCGGAGGUGGCAGAAACAAGUACGCUAAAAUCUGCUUUGAGGAUAACCUGCUUAUGGGAGAACAGCUGGGAAAUGUUGCCAGAGGAAUAAACAUUGCCAUUGUCAACUAUGUAACUGGGAAUGUGACAGCAACACGAUGUUUUGAUAUGUAUGAAGGCGAUAACUCUGGACCGAUGACAAAGUUUAUUCAGAGUGCUCCUCCAAAAUCCCUGCUCUUCAUGGUGACCUAUGACGACGGAAGCACAAGACUGAAUAACGAUGCCAAGAAUGCCAUAGAAGCACUUGGAAGUAAAGAAAUCAGGAACAUGAAAUUCAGGUCUAGCUGGGUAUUUAUUGCAGCAAAAGGCUUGGAACUCCCUUCCAAAAUUCAGAGAGAAAAGAUCAACCACUCUGAUGCUAAGAACAACAGAUAUUCUGGCUGGCCUGCAGAGAUCCAGAUAGAAGGCUGCAUACCCAAAGAUCCAAGCUGACACUGCAGGGUCCUGAGUAAAUGUGUUCUAUAUAAACAAAUGCAGCUGGAAUCGCUCAAGAAUCUUAUUUUUCUAAAUCCAACAGUCCAUAUUUGAUAAGUAUUUUGGAUUUGUUGUAAACCAAUGAACAUUUGCCAGUUGUAUCAAA